AUGGACGGAGUGAGAUCCUGUCUACUGUGCUGUCAGGCUUGCGUAGGAGAUGGCGUGGACAACGAGCACGACAAAUCGAACCCCUUUGCCCUCGAUAAUCUGUUAUCUGCGGGAACCAUCAGUGUAGAUGUUCAAGGCCGCCAUCUGCACUGCGCUCAUAGUCACGAAAGUGACACCUGGCAUCCAGUACCAUCGCAACAGCUGCCUGUUUGUGUAGAGGAUGAUGUAUUUUGUAAGAUCUCUUUUCUAACUGAACAUCAAUUUCUGCGUGCUACCUGUCGUCUUGGAACGAGUCAACGAGUGUUAUACAUUCGAAUAUACCUCGUACCUACCGAUUCUCCAAUUGUCAAAGAAAGCCUACGAUAUCGUACCGAAGUUAUUUUGAAAGAGGGUCACCGUCACCUUCAGGCCUUACUACCUUCGAUUGUACAGGACCAACGUUCCUGGAAUGCAGAUGAACUCUCCUCAAUCAGUCAACCUCAAAAGUAUUUUUUGCCAAGGGAUGUUGAUAAUCGCACAAUGGCGGAGAUCUACAAUGACCUGCCGUCGUUGGUCUCUUCAACAAUUACUGUGAGACACGAAAUCAGGGGUCUUCGCAGUACUUUGUAUGAGUACCAGAGACAGUCCGUAGCCAUGAUGAUCGAGAAGGAGUCGAGCAACCAGCCUGUUCAAGACCCUUUAUACAUCCCGAUCUCAAAUAUGCAUGGCGAACGCUUUUAUUUCCAGCCUUCAACCCUCACCGCUGCGCGGGAAUGCCCAACAGUUGCUCGGUGUAAGGGUGGCAUUUUAUGCGAAGAACUAGGCACGGGCAAGACGGUGAUGGUCUUGGGCUUGAUCCUUGUCACUAUCAAUCAACUAUCUCAGCCAGAAGAAUCGCUAUUGGACUACCGCCCCGUCAUGUCUCCCUUGGCCUAUCGCACUUUCCCUGCAGAUGAGUACCAUAAUGCUCGAAGAAGGGCUGGCAUGCAUAAAAGUUCGGCGCUCGAUGUAACACGUGUUCCAUCUCUCGUUGAAAUUCUUCUUCACCGCAUAAGGACGUGGGGUGACAAGGUGGACAUGCGAUCACACGAAGAACAAUUAGAGGCGUCCAACCUCUGGCAGCUCCUUCAAGCCAACACACCAUUUUAUCACCACUACACUGUUAAAUCACCCAUGCAUGGUCUUGGUCCUUCCCGCACAAGACGUCGAGUCUCAGAAUCCCCCCGACUAAUGCACCUUACGACAGCGACACUUGUUGUUGUGCCCGUUAAUUUACUUGGACAAUGGGACAGGGAAAUUUUGAAACAUUGUCAUAGCACGUUGAGAUAUCUUGUCGUCCAACAAACAACGAAAAUUCCAAGUGCGAAGGCUUUGGCGUCUGAUUAUGACGUACGUAGUUUUCGCAGGGAGUCGGUGAACAACAAAGUUGCUCAAUUGCAUAAACUUAAACCCUGCACUUGUGCUCCGUUUACUGGCAGCCGCGUACCAAACUGUUGUUGUCCCAGCGAUCCAGCUGUAUCACCUUUUCUUCAAAUCCGCUGGAAGAGGCUGGUGAUCGACGAAGGCCAUACCUCAGGAAACUCGGCCGCCACACUAAAUUACUUCGUUCGUGAGCUAAGCAUCGAGCGUAAAUGGAUUGUAACUGGAACACCGACAUCGAAUAUACUAGGGUUGAACUUGGGGCGCAAGCAGGAUGAGGACAUAGAAAAUGAUAUUGGCGUUGACAAGACUUACUCAUUACCUACCAUGACGGAUUGCUCUGCAUCCGAUACCUCUUCAAUUUCUGAUAGCGGCGCGGAGAACAUAGCCAGGGUAUGGGGGACGUAUGACUACGUCAACUUGCGAAAACUCGGGGCAAUGAUCAGUGACUUCCUCGCCGUUCCCCAGUUCCAUUCUGAUCUCAAAUUGUUCGGUAGUCAUAUCUCUGCACCUCUUUGUGAUCGUCACGGGCCUCGCGUGGGCGCAGUCAAAGUACUGAGUCAGGUCAUGGAGAUGGUCAUGGUUCGUCACAGGAUCGAAGAUGUUGAGGAAGAAGUAGUUCUACCUCCCAUGCGGCAUACACCCAUUUACAUGGAUCUCGAUGCCUAUGCUGCGAAGUCCUACAAUGCAAUGCAAGCCAGUAUUGCAAUUAACGCUAUUGACUCUGAACGCGAGGGUCAGGAUUACAUCUUCCACCCCAGGAACGCGAAAAGUCUUCAGAUUGCCAUAGACAACUUGUCACAAGGAAUGUUCUGGUCGGUGUCCGACAUUUUGUUUAAUGUCGACCAAAUACGACGCGAGGCCCCUAAAUUUCUGGCUCGUGCCAUCGAAGCCAAAGUGCCCGAUCAUGAUAUGGCGCUAUUAGAAGAAGCACUAACACAUGCAGAGGCGACAGCGAAAGAUCCUCUGUGGCGCGCUAUGCAACUACAUGAAGAUGUACCUUUCCGCGUGAUGGGGAUGGAUGCAGCUGUCUUCGAAGCUUGGACACGGGGAAGGUUGAAGGACAGAUCUCGUGUUCACGAUCUCAUGCACGCGAACCGGCUGUGUGAUCUACGAGCUCUCGUUCGCAGUCGACCUUUGAUGAGUCUCGGUCGAUUGGCUGAGGAAGGAAGAGAACUGGAUUCAAAUGAACGAGCACGAUGCGAGAGGAAAUUGACACAAAUGCAUGAUGUCACAAACGCCGCGCAGAUGAAAAAGAUGGUGUCUGAGGUUAAAGACGAAUUGGAGGUCAUAAAGGAGAAAGAGAAAGUUUAUCAAACAGAGGAUGUACCUGAAACAGACAUCGAUGUCUUCGUUCGCCACAAGUUGGGGCAUCAUUCUGCUCCUUCGCUAUCUGAUCUACUCCGCUCGUCGCCAUUGUCAGAAACAUAUGUCGGGCCAUCUCUAUCCACCAAGCUGAACUUCAUCUUAUCCGAGGUUCUGGAGCAUUCAGAGAAGGAAAAAUUCCUCAUAUUCUCUAAUUCGCCACUCACUCUCGCCCACAUCGCAGAGGCACUCUCUUUGAUCGAAAUCAAGUACCUCCGAUAUGCAACGGAUAUGUCUCCGCCACUGCGAGAGCAAUGUGUCAUGACUUUUGAGUCCUCUGAGACAUUCCGUGUUUUCCUGAUGGAGUUGAAGCUUGGUGCUCGUGGUCUGAACUUGAUAUCUGCCUCUCGAGUGAUCUUCUGCGAGCCUGUCUGGCAUCCUGAUGUUGAAGCACAAGCCAUAAAGCGAGCGCACCGUAUCGGACAGACAAAACCAAUUACUGUGAAAACUCUUGUAAUCAGACACACUGCAGAAGAAGCAAUGGUCUCCAGACGACAUUUUCUGAAGGGAUCCAGCAAAAUUCCAAGGAUGACUACUGACGUGGGGAUGCGUCAAUUCCUGGAGGUACGUGCAACUUAG